AUAAAAGUGCUGGUGCCACGUAGAGAACAGCAGUUUCUAGAUUGCACGCGGAGUGGAAUGUGACAGAGUUCAGUGACUUGGCAGUGAUAAUAGCGACAGUUUGUAAACUGGGAGCAGUACAGUGAGCUUGGUACUCGGUAGCAUUUUUACUUUGGAGCAGUUCAGGACGUGCGGGUUGUCGUUUAACGUUUCUUGCUCUUCUACCGAAAGGAUAGCGAAGGCUGCACAUCAUCAUGCACGACUUUUCCAACACACGUACCAACUCCAGACAGACCGCCAUUGCUGAUCCUACCAGAGCCAGUACUAGUGCUAGUACGACGAGCAGUAUGCCCCAGUCUCCACAUCAGGAGCAGCAGCACUACGCUGACUUGCUGGAUCAGUCCGAGCUGAAUGACGUCAUCAGCGGCUUGGUCACAGGGCCAGGCACCACAGCAGCAGCGUCUUCUGGAAGCGUGUUUCGGUCUGCCCCAGCUUACGCCGGAGCGUCUUCGACCGCGGAAAUGACGUGGAGCGGCUACUUUGAACCGGAAUCACAGAUGACUCACGCCUCGACCAAUCCCAGCCAGCAGUCGUUCGAUCCUAUCUCAGUCACGGCCGCCUCAGCUAAUCCAUACCAGGCGGAGGGCUUGGCUGGCUGGGGUGGCUCCCUGGUCGGUUCAUCAGCUCUGUCGCUAGAUGUGCAGCAGCCGUUGGACAAUUUCGGAAACCCCACAAUGGCGCAACCGACCACACUGGCCACCUCGCCGUACGCAGCCCAUCUGCAGCCACAGCAGCCAGUGCAGACCUCCGCAUCAUUCCUGGAACCAUUGAGUGCUGCCGCCACGACGGAGGCACCUACUCAGUUCACCUUCAACCCGACCAUUGCCAACGUACUGGCUAGUCUCAUGCAGCUGCAGGCGUACUCCACUUCUGCCACUUCCGGUUCCGUCCACCAACCUCCGGUGACGUCACCCACGGGAAUAUCCAGCCCUGCUAGCAGUGUUGAUGGAGCUGACUCAGACGUGCCGACCACCAAGACCAUGGUGAGGGAGAUGCUGAAAAAGCGAGGCGUCACCAGCGCGGCAGCAAAUAGUAACGAGACAACGAAGGAGCCAGAUGACAGACAUGAGCACACUCCGGAGGAAGAGGAGAGGCUUGAGAGGCGGCGCGGACGCAACAAGGACGCCGCCACCCGAUGCCGACAGCGGCAGCGCGACCGCAUCUCGUUCCUGGAGAAGCAAGUCGACGGCCUGGACGAUACUCAGGAGAAGCUCAGGAAGGAGCAUGCUGCUCUGCUGGCGGAGAGCGAGCGUCUUCGGGCAAUGCUCUCCAGCCAUAAGUGUGUGAAGAAGCCUAAGGACAGUAAACUAGAGAAUGAAUCCGAUAAUGGUGAAGCUGGAAAAUCUAAGGCCGCCGAAAUGUACGACAGUGCUGAAGCGGCCGUCGCUACUGAGUUCUACGGUGACAGACCCGGCACAGACGUGAACCUCUCUCGAUCAAUCUCCCUGGAAGACGACAGCAACGCGAUGAUUUAUGACAAUGGCAUGGAGACGUGAAUCGGAUAGAUCUUGAAUUUCAACAAACCAGUAUUCAACAGGAUACCUCAAAUGUCCUUGGGAGCGCCACACUGAGGCCGAAAACUCAUCUUGAUAUCAUCAGACUACCGUCACUGAUAUUAAAAGACAAAAAUUAUUUUAUAUAAAUGCCCAGCUUGAAUCCACUCAUCUGGGUGCUUGGUUUGCUUAGGCUAAGCAAUACCAAGAGGGAAGAGCAGCCAUUUCACAUGACUGCCACAUUUCUAUCACCUAUCGCCAGCUAGCUACUCGCACUUGUGAAUAUAUUUUUUCAAAUUGCUUUGCUUGCUUUUUGUAUUUUUUUAGCUUCCAUCCAUUAGUUUGCUUGUCUGGGUUUUGUCAAUUUCUGAAUAUGAUAACACGGUACAUGUACUUAGAAGCUCAAUCCCUUGUUUAAAAAAACAUUUAUGAUAGUCUAAAGCAGCUCAUUUUCCUUUCCAUUUUCCCUAUUCCUUCUAACCCCACCACCUAGUCAAUGUGUGUGAAAUCAUUGCAUCAUCUACAAUUGUAAGUCGAUGCAUCUUCGUGUUCAUUCCUAACGUUCCAACUUCCAGCAUUAUUGCGCCUGAUUCCAAUGUCCUGCCUGCAGCCGCGCUGUAUUGAUGCUAGUGAUACUACUGUAUUCCCAAGUAAUCGUGACUAGGCACAUUCUGUUUCGUUUCCUGUUUCAAUUUAGGCAAUUCCUCUUCUGCUCCAUACGCUGCUGUAGGCUUACUAUACUAGGAAUGUGCGAAGCUGGUUCUUGAGUGUUCUGAGCUGCUACAUGGGGCCUGUGUCUUCUCUCAAGUAAGUUCUGGCAUCAACGCUGAUCACAAUGGCCCUGCUGAAAUGCAUCAUUGCCACUUGUCGCUUCCUUCCCAGACGUUAACAUAUUUGACUUUGCAUCCACUCGCCAUUUUGUUGGGAAUGAAACUCCAGGACAGGAAGCGCCUAAACCUAUUCUUGAAUCUAUGCUUGGCAUAAUCCACGGA